AUGGAAUCCCUAGUGGAUGUUAUCACUACCUCCUUUCAGGCCGUGGUUGCCGUUUGUGUCGUUUUCACGGCCGGGUAUUCUCAUGCUGGAUCAAAGGCUCCGGAGAUCGGACAGAUAUUACGGACCGUCACCGGAAGGGUACUCCUUCCAUGUCAGAUACUUGUCGUUCUGGCCUCAUCACCCAGUUUGACAUGGCGGUCUCUUUUGUUGGGUGAGCGGGAUUCAUACUUGACGGCGCUCAUGACUGACGGAAUGCCAGCUGCUUGGCCUAUUCUCGUAUUGUCUCUCACUGUUCAUGCGGCCUCGGUAGUCUAUGGUUUAGUAUUGUGGAGGUAUGCCGGUAGUCCUCAUUGGAUCAUUGGGAGCUCGACCUAUAGCAACUCCCUUCAGGGGCUGUGGCAUCUUAAAUGGAGAAGUAUGGAAGAUCUCGACCAAGUGUACGAGAGGGUAGUCCUCUACAUCAUUCUCAAUCUUCUCUUCACCGCCGUGAUUCGAGUCGGACUAUUGCACGUGAUACCAAAGAGGAAAGAGUCCAUAAAUGUAGAAGAGGAAACAUCGAAUGGUGCAGAUGUCACUGCCGAGCCGGAGUCAAUGGAAGAUGUCACCGAAAACACUCCUCUCAUUGCAUCCUCCGAUCCCAAACCUCGAUCCGAGGUGAAGCUUUCUUCAAGAUUAGGAAAGAUUGUAACCCCUGCCUCCAUCGCAGCUCUUUUGGGUUUACUUAUUGGACUCAUCAAACCUGUCCAACGGGCUUUAGUUGGAACCGUGGCUGGAGAUAAACAACUGACAGGCGUUUGGGAAAGCGUAGGAUUCGGUUUAGCCGGUCUUGGUGGGACGUAUGCCGUUUUGGAAAUGUUGGCUAGUGGAUCUAGCAUCAGGGCCGCUGAAGCCAAGCCAUCAUCUGAGGAGAGAAUUCCUCCCUCUUUGGGAACGGUUCUUCUUCUGACAUUCUGGCGAUAUAUCUUGGUGCCCAUCAUCAGCUUGUCAAUCAUCCACGGUUUCCGCAAGAUUCCAUCGACGCAUGCUUUCCUCCAAGAUCCAGCGUUUUCUUUUGUACUUGGCUUGUCCACCAUUACUCCACCGAGUUUCGCCCUGCCCAUGACACCUUUCCGUUCUGCGGUGCAUUACAAUCUCACUUAUGUGGCACUCAUCACUCCUGUACCUCUCGCCGUACUUUUCGCCAUCUCCGGUCGAGGAGUCUCUUACGCUGUCGACUUUGACCUCCUUCGCGCUCUCAAGUCCGCCGCAGGGGGUGGUCUAGCCGGAGCGGCAGCAAUGGUCUUGCAAGUUCUUUUGCUCAUGCCUCUACGGACUCAGAUGAACUAUCAAUAUCGUCAUGGAGGCAAGUUAAAGGAUGUUAUCAAAACUCUCUGGGCGGAAGGUGGUAUAAGACGAUUUUACGCUGGGAUGGGUGCUGCUUUAUUUCAAGCUCCUCUCUCCCGAUUUGGUGAUACAGCCGCCAAUGCGGGUAUUUUAGCGUUACUCAACUCUUUCCAAUGGCCAGUAUUGAUUAAAACUGUCGCUGCUAGUCUUGCGUCCGCUUGUUUCCGAAUGACAUUAACCCCUAUCGAUACGCUCAAAACGACUCAGCAAACACAAGGUGGUAAGGAAGGUUUGAGAUUGCUUAGACAGAGAAUCAAGGAGAACGGGGUAGGGUGUUUGUGGUGGGGUGCUUUGGCCACUGCCGCAGCGACCUUUGUUGGACAUUAUCCGUGGUUUGGGACGUACAAUUACCUCUCUGAUGUACUCCCACAACCUCAUAAUAUCAUGCAGAAACUGGCGCGUCAAGCAUUCAUAGGUUUCUCCGCUUCGGUAGUGUCAGACACGGUUUCCAACUCUUUACGAGUGGUAAAGACCUAUAGACAGGUGCAUGAGGAGGAUGUGGGGUAUUGGACGGCAGCGAAAGAUAUCGUCGCUUCCGAUGGCUUAUUAGCCCUCUUCGGUCGAGGAUUACCAGUACGUCUCGCGACCAAUGGAUUACAAGGCUUGAUAUUUUCCAUCCUGUGGAAGCUGUUCACGGACAUCACCUUAAGCCCUACAGCCAGGUUGAGAGUGGGGGAAAAGAGAAGUGUUGGGAUCUAUCUUUUGGUAGUGGGUGUGAGAGAGUGUCACAGAGUAGAUAUGUGA